GUUUUUAUUUUCAUACAAAAUCUCAAAAGUGAAAAGUGAAAAGUGAAAGAACGAGAAGCUUGACCUGCGUUUCUGCUCGGUUACCGGUGAUCGCCGCCAUGAAACUCGCCGGAAUCUCACCCUUGAUCGACGAUGGGCUGAAAUUGCAUGGAACAUUUGUUCAACAAAAAGGGCAAAAUGCAUUUGAAACUCGCCAGAUUGAUGAAUGGCUAGAGUAUGCUCAUGUCCUCUCACAAGGCUCCGCUUUCGAGAAUGGAUGCAAAUAUAUAGAUGACUACUUGGACAAGCGUACAUUUAUUGUUGGUCAUUCAUUAUCAACGGCAGACCUAGCAAUCUGGGCAGGUCUUUCAGGAUCUGGAAAGAGAUGGGAAAGUCUAAGGAAGUCAAAGAAAUAUCCAAAUCUUGCACGAUGGUUCAAUUCAUUAGUGACAGAACAUGGUAGUACUUUAAACGAAGUUAUGGAAACUUAUGUUACGAAAAUAGGACCGGGAGAGCUAUCAGCAGGCAAGUCAAAAGACCAGUCAGCAGUCACUGAUAAAGGAGGAAACAAAUCUUCAGCGGAAAUAGACCUUCCAGAUGCUGAAAUUGGAAAAGUUCGCUUGCGAUUUGCGCCUGAACCCAGUGGCUAUCUUCACAUUGGACACUCUAAAGCUGCUCUGUUGAACAAAUAUUUUGCUGAGCGAUACCACGGACAGCUUAUCGUUCGUUUUGAUGAUACCAAUCCUGCUAAAGAAAGCAAUGAGUUUGUGGAUAACUUGGUGAAAGAUAUUGAUACAUUGGCUAUCGAAUAUGCAGAAAUUACCUAUACAUCAGAUUACUUCCCUGAGUUGAUGGAAAUGGCUGAAAAAUUAAUUCGCCAGGGUAAAGCAUAUGUUGAUGACACUCCACGUGUAGAUAUGAAAAAGCAGAGAAAGGAUGGGAAAGAGUCUAAAUGCAGAAACAAUACCAUAGAAGAAAAUUUAACACUGUGGAACGCAAUGAUCGCAGGCUCCGAGAGGGGCUUACAGUGUUGUCUCCGUGGGAAGUUGGAUAUGCAGGACCCAAACAAAUCACUUCGUGAUCCUGUUUAUUAUCGUUGCAAUCCAAUUCCUCAUCAUAGAAUUGGAUCCAAGUAUAAAGUCUAUCCAACUUAUGAUUUUGCAUGUCCAUAUGUUGAUGCUAAAGAAGGUAUCACACAUGCCCUCCGAUCUAGUGAGUACCAUGAUCGUAAUGCUCAAUAUUACCGAAUUCAAGAGGACAUGGGACUAAGAAAAGUUCUCAUCUAUGAAUUCAGCCGGUUGAAUUUGGUCUACACACUUCUGAGCAAACGAAAGCUUCUAUGGUUUGUCCAAAAUGGGAAAGUCGAUGGAUGGGAUGAUGCACGAUUUCCUACCAUUCAAGGGAUUGUACGCAGAGGCUUGAAAAUUGAAGCACUGAUACAGUUUAUUGUUGACCAGGGGGCAUCAAAAAAUCUCAAUCUCAUGGAAUGGGACAAGCUCUGGACCAUUAAUAAGAAGAUUAUAGAUCCUGUCUGUCCUAGACACACUGCUGUCAUUGCAGACAGACGCGUGUUGUUGAACCUUACUGAUGGUCCUGAGAAACCAUUUGUCCACAUCAUACCUCGGCACAAGAAACAUAAAGACGCUGGGGAUAAAGCUACAACAUAUACUAAAAGCAUAUGGAUAGACCAUGCUGAUGCAGAGUCCAUAUCAGCUGGUGAGGAAGUAACCUUGAUGGAUUGGGGUAAUGCUGUCGUGAAGGAAAUAGAAAAGGACCAAGAUGGGAAUGUCACCCGGUUGAAUGGUGUUUUGCAUCUUGAAGGAUCUGUGAAGACUACAAAAUUGAAGCUCACUUGGCUACCUGACAUAGAUGAGCUAGUUAGCCUGACAUUGGUGGAGUUUGAUUAUCUAAUUACAAAGAAAAAGCUCGAAAAAGGGGAGGGUUUUGAAACUGUGCUUAAUCCAUGUACGAAAAAGGAGACUCUUGCAUAUGGAGACUCCAACAUGCGAAAUCUUAAGCGGGGAGAGAUAUUGCAGCUGGAGAGAAAAGGAUAUUUCAGGUGUGAUGCACCUUUCAUUCGGCCCUCAAAACCAAUCGUGUUGUUUGCAAUCCCUGAUGGCAGGCAUCCAACAUGUUUGAAGUAAUCAUCUUUUUUCUUCUUAAAAUGCCUAGAGUUUAGAGCUUCACCUGCAUUCCUGCUCUAGUUGAUACUUGCAAGCAGCCUGUCUCUGGGCAACAAUCAUUGUAGUUAUAUAGUAAGAGUGUAAAUACAGAUUCCGAAUGGAUAAACAGUGUAGUCAAUCUGGCAACCUUUGCAAAUUUGUCACAUUUUUUUGACCCUAUAUUACCAAUUAUAAAUAUAUUUAGUGUCACUUGUAUAUAACAAGAAUUCUUAUCCUCAUCCUUUGAUUAUUACAAGCACCAUUUUAGUCCUAGCUUGUAGUAAAUACUGCCAAUAUUACAAAUUUAUUGGUCUA